GAGACCCUGCCUGCUCUCCCCUUCCCUCCCCUCCGACAGGCUCGGGCCAUGGGGUUGGGGAGCGCCUCGGGACUCUGCCUGCUCCUCGUCCUGGUCCACGCCCGCGCCUCUCAGCAAAGUAAAGCCAGCCAAGAUGUGGAUGAAUGUGUGGAGGGCACUGACAACUGCCACAUUGAUGCCAUUUGCCAGAACACACCUCGUUCCUAUAAGUGCAUCUGCAAGUCUGGCUACAGUGGAGAUGGCAAGCACUGCAAAGAUGUGGAUGAGUGUGAGAGGGAUGACAAUGCUGGUUGUGUACAUGAGUGUGUUAACAUCCCUGGUAACUACCGAUGCACCUGCUAUGAUGGCUUCCACCUGGCACACGAUGGACAUAAUUGUUUGGACCUGGAUGAAUGUGCCGAGGGCAAUGGAGGCUGUCAGCAGAGCUGUGUCAACAUGAUGGGCAGUUAUGAGUGCCUCUGUCGAGAUGGCUUCUUCCUCAGCGACAACCAGCACACAUGUAUCCAGCGGCCGGAAGAAGGAAUGAACUGCAUGAACAAGAACCAUGGCUGUGCCCAUAUAUGCCGUGAAACACCCAAGGGUGGUAUUGCCUGUGAAUGCCGCCCAGGUUUUGAACUUACCAAGAACCAGCGAGACUGCAAGUUGACAUGUAACUACGGCAAUGGUGGCUGUCAGCAUACAUGUGAUGAUACGGAACAAGGACCCAAGUGUGGAUGCCAUGUCAAGUUUGUGCUACACACUGAUGGAAAGACAUGCAUUGGGGAAAGGCGGCUAGAGCAGCACAUCCCCCCCCAGGCCGUUUCUAAUGAGACAUGCGCGGUCAACAAUGGUGGCUGUGACAGCAAGUGCCACGAUGCGGCUACCGGUGUCCACUGCAGCUGCCCUGUAGGCUUCAUGUUACAGCCAGACAGAAAGACCUGCAAAGACAUAGAUGAGUGCCGCCUGAACAAUGGGGGCUGCGACCACAUAUGCAGAAACACAGUUGGCAGCUUUGAGUGCAGCUGCAAGAAAGGCUACAAGCUGCUCAUCAAUGAGAGAAGCUGCCAGGAUAUUGACGAGUGCUCCUUCGACCGGACAUGUGACCACAUCUGUGUCAACACCCCAGGAAGCUUCCAGUGUUUCUGUCACCGAGGCUACCUGCUCUACGGGCUCACCCACUGUGGGGAUGUGGACGAAUGUAGCAUCAACCGGGGAGGCUGCCGUUUUGGCUGCAUCAACACCCCUGGGAGCUAUCAGUGCACCUGCCCCUCAGGCCAGGGCCGCCUGCACUGGAAUGGCAAAGACUGCACAGAGCUGGUGAAGUGCCAUGGAAGCCUUAGUGCCCCGAGGGCCAUGCUCAGCUGUAGCAGAUCAGGCAAGAAGGACACUUGUGCUCUGACCUGUCCCUCCCGGGCUCGAUUUCUGCCAGAAUCAGAGAAUGGCUUCAUGGUGACCUGUGGCACUCCCAGUCCCCGUUCCUCUCAAUCCAGGAGUGGUAACAACACCAGUACCCACCACUGCCUUGAAACAGCUGUGCUAUCUGUCAAACAACGAGCUUCCUUCAAGAUUAAAGAUGCCAAGUGUCGUCUGCACCUUCGAAACAAGGGCAAGCUGGAGGAGGCAGGCAGACUACCAGCAUCAGGAGGGACUCCCUGCUCCGACUGCCAUGUCACCUUUAUCCACCUCAAGUGUGAUUCAUCCCGUAAGGGAAAAGGACGCCGUGCCCGGACCCCUCCUGGAAAGGAAGUCACUCGACUCACUCUGGAGCUGGAGGCUGAAGUCAAAGCUGAAGAAACCACAGCAGGCUGUGGGCUGCCUUGCCUCCGACAAAGGAUGGAACGGCGACUGAAGGGGUCACUGAAGAUGCUGAGGAAAUCUAUCAAUCAGGAUCGCUUCUUACUGCGCCUUGCAGGCCUAGACUAUGAGCUGGCACACAAGCCCAGCCCAGCUGGGGAGCGGGUGGAACAGGCAGAGACCUGUGUGCCUGGGCAGCAUCGUACUGGGGUCAAGUGUGUCAGCUGCCCGCAGGGAACGUAUUACCACGGCCAGACGGAGCAGUGUGUGCCAUGCCCACCAGGCACCUUCCAGGAGAGGGAAGGGCAGCUCUCCUGCGACCUGUGCCCUGGGAGUGAUGCCCAUGGGCCCCUCGGAGCCACCAACAUCACCACAUGUGCAGGUCAGUGCCCACCAGGCCAAUAUUCAGGAGAUGGGUUCAAACCAUGCCAGCAAUGCCCACGGGGCACCUACCAACCUGAGUCAGGACGGACACUGUGCUUUCCAUGUGGCGGGGGCCUCACCACCAAGCAUGAAGGUGCUAUCUCCUUCCAAGACUGCGACACCAAAGUUCAGUGUUCCCCUGGUCACUACUAUAACACCAGCAUCCACCGUUGUAUACGCUGUGCCCUGGGUUCCUACCAACCCGAAUUUCGACAAAACUUCUGUACUCGUUGCCCAGGAAAUACUAGCACUGACUUUGAUGGCUCCACCAGUGUGACCCAGUGUAAAAAUCGACAGUGUGGUGGGGAGAUAGGUGAGUUCACUGGAUAUAUUGAAUCUCCCAACUACCCUGGCAACUACCCAGCAGGAGUGGAGUGCACCUGGAACAUCAAUCCACCACCCAAGCGAAAAAUCCUCAUUGUAGUGCCUGAAAUUUUCUUGCCCUCUGAGGAUGAAUGCGGGGACGUCCUCGUCAUGCGCAAGAACUCCUCUCCAUCCUCAAUCACCACCUAUGAGACCUGCCAGACCUAUGAGCGUCCCAUUGCCUUCACUGCUCGCUCUCGAAAGCUCUGGAUCAACUUCAAGACUAGUGAGGCUAACAGUGCCAGAGGCUUCCAGAUACCCUAUGUCACCUAUGAUGAGGACUAUGAACAAUUGGUAGAAGACAUUGUGCGAGAUGGUCGGCUCUACGCCUCAGAAAACCACCAAGAGAUUCUGAAGGAUAAGAAGCUCAUCAAAGCCUUCUUUGAGGUGCUAGCCCACCCACAGAACUACUUCAAGUACACAGAGAAGCACAAGGAGAUGUUACCCCGAUCUUUCAUCAAGCUGCUACGCUCCAAAGUUUCCAGCUUCCUUCGACCUUACAAAUAGCCCUCCCCAGCCCCACAGACCCCAGCUUCAAAGCUCCCUGGUUGCCUAACCCUCAUAGCCCAACAGCCCCCAUCUACCGCCAAGGAACUCUCUCUUUUUGGGGAAAACAAAUAUUCACUAUGCAGACUACUUACUCUCCCAUUCUGUCCCUCUACCUCCCUGCCUUUCUCUCUCUCUUUUACCCAUUUUUCCAUUUCCUACAUGCUCCCUGAGUAUUGGAAAAGCCAUUCCAUGCUAGCUCUGUUUCCCUUAAGGGAUAGAGUAGCAACCCCACAAACUGACCUUCUCCCUAGCCCAUGCUCUGUGGUCAGGAUCAGUUUGAAAGGGGUGAGGGGGUCCAUGAAGGUGAUUGGGCUGAGGGCAAAUGUGCCCUGGAGGCAAGGCAGGGAAGGUGUAUCUGCCUUCUCAGGGCUGUGCCCUGAGUGUCUAGAGCCAGAAUCCUCCCCUCCUCUCGGAUACAUAUCCCCCAACCCAUGGCAACUCAGGCAGCCCAGGGUCUUACCAAAGAAGUCUUUGGCCUGCAGGCAUUUCCCUAGCACUGAUCCUCUGUGGGGCAUAGUUUGGGCACGACUCUCAAGCCUACCCUCCACUACCACGUGUGGAUCAACUAUCUUGUCUAGACUGCCCAAGUGUUCCUCUUCCUUACCCCACAUGCUCUACCACUCAAGGGCUCACUCACAAUGAUACUUAGCACUGAGAUGGUGACCUCUGAACUAACUGAUGAGGAGCAGAUGAGGAAUGGGCAAUUGCCAUGCAGAUCACAUCACCAUGGCUUCCAGGAGAAAACAUAAAGCUCUGCAGAAGAGAAACCGGGUUUUUAAGCAUUGCCAAAAAAAGGAAAAAAAAAUCUAAAGGACUACACUACAGAAUGACUGAAUACUAACCGCAGACACUAACUUUUUGCCCCAACCUCUAGCCCCUGGCUCAGCCAUCCUCCCUAAUCCCCAUUCCAGUGCUCCCUGGGGGAGUCCUGCACCACUUCCUAAGUCACAUCCUUAGAGAACCAUGGUUACUGAUGGGAAACCAUCCCUGGGCCAUGCCUGGCAGCCCCAGGUGUCUCAGUGGGCUCCACCAAAGAGGGCUCAGCCCUGUAAACUGGAGCUGCUUGCCCCCAGCCCCAGGCCCUGGGCAAUGAGAGGAAUGUGUGUGCACUUGGAGAGCCUUUUGCCCACCUUGUCCACAUCUAAAUAAGUGCAAUCAUUUUGAGUCUUCUUUAUGUUGUUUAGAGGGAGUUUUUUUUUGUUUUGUUUUCUUUUAGAAACAACCCUAUUUAUAGCUGCCCGAGAAAGAAGAGUGUAUGUUUGGAAUGGAAGAAGAGAGGUUUUGAUUCACAUGAACCAUGUGUACUGAAAUUUUCAGAUCUGGAAUAUAGUCCCCAGGAGCCAUUUAUAGGACCUCCAAGGGGAAUGAGCCAGGCUGGACCAGGGCUAGAGCUCAAAGACAGGGUAGGAAUUCUGGAGACCUGAUGGAGCAGAAAGUAGAGUGGCCUGGCAAUUGUUUAGUCCAUGCUGUGCUAUUUUCUUCCUGCUUCUCCUUGGAGCAGAGUAGAGGAUCUUGUGAUUUCACAGACCUGACAGAUGUGGCCAUUGGUUGUCCAUUGAAAGUAGGAGUGGCUUACAUUUCUUCCCUGGACUUUGGGAAUGACCAUCUUGCUGUUCUGCCUUCCCUUUGUUAUAUUACAGCCCUAGGCUUCAGUGGAGGAGGACCAGGAAGCAUAGUUAAAAAAAAAAUCAUGGUUUAGGACUCCAUGGCCAAGAGGGCUAUAACCCUAGAGAGACCGUGAAAGGAACCCCUUGCAAGGCAUAAGGCUGUGGACCUCACCAGAGGUGUGUCAAACUUCAACCAGUCUACCUAUCCUUAUCCCUCCCCCAUCCCCUGAAUCUCCCUCUGAACUUUUUUCAAGGGCUUUAUCCUCAAGUGCUGCUUUUCAAAGGGAAGAGGGAGGCAGGGAGCCAAAAUAGGCAUCUCAGAUCCUCUAUACACAAUGUUCCCAAAACCCAGCUGCCAUUGUUAGAUGUUGUUUAUAUCCGCCUCUUUUCUCCUUCAAGUCCCACAAGGUUGUCACAGUGGAUCCCCAGGAUAUCAUCCAGCUUUUUUGGGUCACUUCUGGAGAAUAAGGAGUAAAGGCGGAAUACUGGAGAAAGUGGUGUUUGCCUAUUUGCCUUCCUCCUUCCCUAAAUUGGCUCUGUGGCCAGUAUCCAUUUUUUCUCAUGCACUAGCCAUCAUUUUGUGGCUCUUAAGGAUUAGGUGCCUAACUGUUUCCCAGGGUAAGUGAGAUGCUCUGAAACUUCAAGAUGAAAGGAGAGUCACUUACAAGCAGAAGAAAAAUUAACUGGCCAGGAUGUUAAUAUUUCUGAGGAAGUACUUUGCAAACUUUUUCAUCUAAAUGACCACCCUAACUAGCUGCCCAGCAGGAGGCUGGGAAGCUUCCCCGCUUUUCUUCUUCUUGCAGUUUCCCAUCUUAGAAAACAAUUUACAAGGCAUUCCUCAGGUUUUAGCUAGAUUUCUUUAAAAUUCACAUGGAGCAGAUUCUCUCUGCCCACCUCCAAAUCUUCCCAGUUUUAUGGUUCUUGGGACCUGAAAGUGACUUCCACAUUUUGCUGAGUCCUUCUGAUAUUAAGAACAAAGAAAGGGUUUUGGAGGUUAAUGUUAACUUGUUUGCCCAGCUCAGCUCCACAAGGAUCCAGUUUGGAGCAGCAACCUUCCCUCCCCCAAAAAAAUACCUGGCUAGAUGGCUAAGAACCCACCUGUGUCUCUUGUUUCUCAUAUCUGCAAGGAGAAACCACCUCAGGUAGCACUUUUGAUAGCUAAACACUUAGAGAGUUGUUAAGGGAAUGAAGGACCAAUGAUCUAGGGAGUGUUGAUUGACCAUCCCCAGAUCACACAGAUGAUUAGAUGUUUUCCUGGUGUAGGCCAUAAGGAGACAAAAUAGGGACUCUUCACAAGGAUUUAAGGGACUAUUUAACAAGAAGAAGCUCUCCCAUGACCAGAAUACUGGGGCUUUAUUCACCUUCAUCCACCUCAGCAUUACUCUGAUAAUGAGAAAUCACUGUUAUUGAUGGGCAUAUGGGACAUGCCAGAAAGGCAAAAGAGUCAUUAAAUGCCAUCUCUCUUCCCUUUUCUGGCUCCCUCUCUGUUCAUUGCCAGGUAAGGCUUACGUCCUAGAUUGGACAAGAUUUCCAAAAUUAGGUGAAACUCCAACUGAUACCUUGAUGAUGAAAUUUGUUCUAGACUCUUGGGCACCUUGCAAUGGGUCUUGAUGGGCAGGCCUCCAUUUCACCUCAUUCUGAAACAGAAAGGGCAUAGAUGUUGAGCUGUGACUGACCCAGGUAGCGGUGCUUCUCUCCCCAAUCUCUUCCCCAGGAUUUGGUCAAUGUCAGUCAGUUUGGGCAGAUUUGGUGUACAGUUGAGAGAGGCUUUGGUUCAAAAUGGAGGUUUGAUUUCCGAAGAAGGUGCUUCCCAUAAUAACAUGUUAGGCAAGUUUGGGAUAUGGUAGGAUAUUGUUUCCUUGAAUGUCCCUGAAAAGUUUUCAGGCAUUUAAGAUUCUUUUGCCUGCCAUUUGAGACCAUCCUCAACUAAGGAAAGGGAAUAUGAAAAUUUAAUUGACUUCAGAGAGUAAAACCAAACCAGUUUACCUGGUAUCUUCCUCAGCAUAGUAGGGAAAGAAUGGAAAUGGAUUAAAGAAGUUGCUGUGAUUUGACCUGAUGAAAAGAUAAAAUAAAAAGUCUUACGACUUUUAUUAGGACUUAUUUAAGGAAAUGCCUAAUUGGAGGUCAGGAAACCUCUGGUUGUGCUAUCAAAUGGAAUCCUAAGCCCAGCCAAAUGGCACAGUUUGUAUGAGGUUUGAACAAACUAAAAACUUCAUCCUUCUGUGAGGGUUGGUUUGAAUAUCCCCAAACAAAAAUAUGACCAUGUGGGACAUUCUGGGUUUUUGUUUUUAUUUCUAAAUGCAAAAGAAAUCUUGAAAUGCUAUUUAUCUGCCUUCUGCCACUGCCACUCAAAGCAUCUCUUACACAAUCAACAUUAAAUAACCAAUGUGGUUCAUAAAGUAUUUUGCACUUGGGGAAAAAUUGUAUCUGAACUUGUAAAAAGAAACAUUUGGAUUUUGUAUUGUCUUUUUUAAUUAUUAUUAUUAUUGUUAUUAUUAAAUUACUAAAUGAAACUUC